CAGACCUCAAAGGAAAUCUCACACUCUUCUUUUACUCUCUUUUAGCAACUCUUACCCAGCAAUCUACCACCGCCGACGCGUCAUCCCCCUUUUCUUCCAUAUUCUCGGCCGACCGACCAGCACCUCAGCUCUCCCGCCUCAUCCGUGGAUUGUUGCUCGCCGUAUUCUUCUCAGCAACAUCCAGAAGCCUUAAUUCUAUUUGUUCAUAAGUAGUACAUUGAGAUGCGAUGACUGGUAAUGUGGAAAAUUCUAAAGAAGGAGAUGCUUCAUCUAAUACUAAAUCAAGUCGGGGUUGGUAUAGCAGCUUACUCCAGCAGGCAUCAGUUUAUGGAAUUGCAGGGGGUUAUUGUCUCUCUGCUUCAUUACUAUCGAUCAUCAAUAAAUGGGCAGUUAUGAAGUUCCCAUACCCGGGAGCUCUAACUGCAUUGCAGUAUUUGACAAGUGCUGCUGGAGUUUUAAUCUUCGGGCAGCUUAAGUUGCUGGAGCACGACAAGCUCGAUCUUGUUACCAUGUGGCGGUUUCUGCCUGCUGCAUUUAUAUUCUAUCUGUCUUUGUUUACCAACAGUGAGCUCCUGCUUCAUGCCAAUGUUGAUACAUUCAUUGUGUUUCGCUCGGUUGUGCCCAUAUUCGUUGCCAUUGGUGAGACCCUCUUCUUGCACCAGCCGUGGCCAGCGCUCAAGACAUGGUUUUCCCUCACCACUAUCUUUGCUGGGAGUGUGCUCUAUGUCACAACCGACUAUCAGUUCUCUGUCAAAGCUUAUAGCUGGGCUCUGGCUUACUUGGUGAGCAUGUCCAUAGAUUUUGUUUACAUCAAGCACGUAGUUAUGACGAUUGGCCUCAACACAUGGGGGCUUGUUCUGUACAACAAUCUUGAGGCUUUAAUGCUGUUUCCCGUGGAGCUGCUCAUAAUGGGAGAACUGAAGAAGAUAGAGCAUGAGAUCACAGAUGAGUCUGAUUGGUAUUCGUUUGGGGUGGUUUUGCCUGUAUGGCUUUCGUGCCUAUUUGGGUUGGCGAUCUCCUUCUUUGGCUUCUCCUGCCGCAAAGCAAUCUCAGCUACAGGAUUCACUGUUCUUGGCAUUGUCAACAAACUGCUGACAGUGGUGAUAAAUCUCAUCAUCUGGGAUAAGCACUCAACUCUUGUGGGAACUAUCGGCCUCUUGAUUUGCAUGGGUGGCGGCAUAAUGUACCAACGCUCGACUAGUGGUAAACCUAAACCUGCAACAGAAGAAGGAGCUCAGCAGAUUGAUGAGGAACAGCAGGAGCUACUUGAAUUGCAAAAUAUUGCUGAGAAUGGUGAGGGUGGAGGAGCAGUUACACAAGGAGGAGGUGGGAAAUCAUAGACCAGCCCAUUUUACUCAUUACAAGUAUUGUCUUCCUAUUUUCCUAUUUUCCUAUUUUAUGUUGGUCCGGGAGACUUUGGGGAUACUGCUUAUUGGAGAAAUAUAGCUGUUAAAAUAGGAGCUCUGCACAAAGCAAAGCCCACGGCUCCAAGGAAAGAGGAAGCUACAUUCCAUUUUUUUAGAUAUUCCAUUUUUUUGUAUUGUAGUAUUAUCUUGCUGUAUUCUGAUUACAAAAUAGUCGUACGGAAAUGUUACAUGACAACAAGUUCGUGUAUUUUUCUCAUUUUCUCUUCAUUCUAAAAGAAACAUCAAGUUGUUUGAGAACAUUUUCCUAAAUGGGGUUUCUGUUACAGCA